AUGCCAUUCACUAUUACAGCCCGGCAUAACCCCACCACGCAUCGACAAAUAUUCGGUCGGAUGCUACUUGCAACCAGACGUCAAGCAUCUGUAGGAGUCUUGGACUGUAAUCUCGACCAAGCAGUCUGUGGGUGGCAUGGUUUACGAAGCAUCUGA